CCAUCUGUUGGAUUCUACCCUACUAUGGAGUUCAGGAAUGGAACUAAAGUGAUAUGGCAGAUACCUGAUUCACCCAAAGCUGUUCUGUUUCUGGCUCAUGGAUGCAAUGGUAGAGCUGUAAACUUUUGGGAUAGGUGUCCGAACUGUCCGAAUUGCAUUGGUCUGCCUGAGGAGAGGCCUAUUGUUCUUUAUGCUCUUGUUCAAAAAUUUGUUGUUAUAACCAUUUCAAGUGCAGGGGAAUGCUGGUCACUUGGUAGAGGGGAAGAAAUACUAUUUGUCAAAGAGAUUAUCAAGUGGUGGGCUGCCAAACACAAGCUUGAAAAGCUUCCUGUUGUGGCUCCAGGAGCCUCGUCUGGUGGGUAUUUUGUUUCGGUGCUGGCCACUAAUAUGAGAUUCAAUAGUAUUACAAUUAUGAUAGCAGAAGCACUAUUUUAUGGAACGGAUACACCUGAUGACUACCCUCCUACCCUUUUUGUUCACAUGCCUAAAGAUCGUGCAAGGUCACAGAUAAUCAAUGGAAAUUUGGAAGCCUUAUGAAAGAAAGGCAUUGAUGUGGCAGAAAUUAAAUGUAUGGAGUUCCCCUUGUACCCAAAUUUCUUGGCUGACAAAAUCUCUGGUCUUGACCAGGCCGUCUCUAAAAAUUUAUUUGAGCUGUUCCGCAAAAAGGGUUUCAUUGAUCAAAAUGGAUAUAUGAAGAAAGAUGGAUGUGCGAAAAAAUGGAAAGAAGCUCUUAAGGAGAUGGGAACUCUUUUACCAGAUAAGCCUGAAGUGGACCAUCACAUUGAGGAGGAACUGAAUCUUGCAUUUGCAUACCACGAGAUGAGUAGUUUGCAGUCUGAGCAGAUCUUUGAGAGGUUUGAAUCUCACAUGAGUUGAUAAGGGGUUAAGACAAGUAAAUUAUCCCUU